GGCCGAAUAAUAGAGGUCAUAUUACAAGAUCUUAUUUAAGUUAAAUAGCUUUUCCUAGGAUAAGAAGCAUUGUGUGUUUUUUAAGAACAGUUCGGGUAAUGAACAAACACUGAUCUGGGAAAAGAAAAAAUUUGUAACUCUGAUUAAAAUAAGGAGUGUGCUGUGGUGUGUGAGUCACAGGUCUAAUAUCCUGAAGGACGUCUUUUUGUUUGGGAGCUCUGGGACUUCACCUCAGCUGAGCAGCGUCUCACAUUUCAAAGCGGAACUCGGUCUGACCCGGACUUUUGUUUCCACACGAACCAAAAAAAUUGGUUCAUCCUCAUCACGUAGCAGAGAUGGCAGCCCUGCGGACGGCACUCCAUGCACGACAUGUUCAGGCACUCCCCUUCUCCAUUGGCUCGCUGCGGUUCGCCAGCUUCUUUAAGGCUGCAGAUAUCAACAUCGAACGCAACACGGCAUGCAAGCCGAAGCCCGACCCCUCCACCCUGGUGUUCGGCAAACAGUUUUCCGAUCACAUGUUGACCAUCAACUGGUCGGAGAAGGAGGGUUGGGAGGCUCCGCAGAUCAAACCUUUCCAGAACCUGUCGAUGCACCCUGCCAGCUCGGUCCUGCACUACUCCAUAGAGCUCUUUGAGGGCAUGAAGGCAUUUCGUGGAACAGACAACCACGUCCGCCUCUUUAGACCCAUGCUGAACAUGGAAAGGAUGCAUAGGAGCGCUGACAGAAGCUGCCUGCCGUUGUUUGAUAAAGCUGAACUGCUGGGGUGCAUCAAGAAGCUGGUGGAGAUCGACCAAGAGUGGGUCCCCUAUUCCCAGGACGCCAGCCUCUACAUCAGACCCACGUUUAUAGGAAUUGAGCCGUCUCUUGGCGUCUCUCGGCCAGGAAAAGCCAUGAUCUUUGUCAUCAUUGGCCCAGUGGGCCCCUACUUUGCCACAGGGUCCUUUAACCCUGUGUCUCUGCUGGCGGACCCUUCAUAUGUCAGAGCCUGGAAAGGAGGCGUCGGGGCGUACAAGAUGGGAGGUAACUAUGGUCCAACCAUUCUGGUGCAGAACGAGGCAGUGAAGCAAGGCUGCCAGCAGGUCCUGUGGCUGUACGGAGAGGAGGAGGAGAUCACUGAAGUGGGCACCAUGAACCUCUUCAUCUUCUGGACCAAUGAGAAAGGAGAGAAAGAGUUGUUGACCCCUCCUCUGGACGGCAUCAUUCUCCCAGGAGUCACCAGGCAAUCUCUGCUGGACCUUGCCAGAACCUGGGGGGAGUUCAAGGUGACAGAGCGUACGAUGGGCAUGAAGGAGCUGCUCGGGGCUCUGGAUGCUGGAAGGAUCCAGGAGAUGUUCGGAGCAGGCACGGCCUGUGUGGUCUGUCCUGUCGGCAGCCUCCUCUACAAAGGAAAGACGUACCAGAUCCCGACCAUGGGGAACGGUCAAGAUCUGGCAAAGAGGUUCUACAAAGAGCUUACUGAUAUUCAGUAUGGACGUAAAGCAAGCGAAUGGGCACCACUCGUCGUUUAAACUACCACUUUGCACAUGUCCGAUAAUUCCAGUUUGGAUGACCAGUACCCCCGCCCCAUUCUCACCCCACCCCUCCCUUCCUUUUAACCCAUUAAUGCACUCCUGCUUCUUCUUUACCAAACCGGAGGAGACGUACCCUUCUUGUCGUUGUUUCUUCUCAGGGGACAUUUUUACGGAUGUUCCUCUCUCUAUGGACUCUCAUUGGAAGACGGUUGGUGGUGUUAAUGUAACGAGAAGCAAUGUAAACAGCUAUAUGCAGUAAUUCUGACUUGACACAAAGCUUCACCUAGAGGUUUGAACUAUCGAGCACGAAAAACCACCGAUAGGAACAUAAAAAAAAAAGACGAUCAAAAAGAAACCUCACUCUAAGAUGAGUUGAUCUUUACACCCCACAUCCAAUUCUGUUCAAGUGUUCUCCUUGUUUUCACUGGUUCAUAUCGAGGAGCACAAAUGUUGAUUGUUAUCAUCAUCAUCAAAAUUCAUUUCUUAAAACUAUGACGGAGUAUUAGGGCCAUACUGAAGAAAAAACUAAUCUGAAAUUAUAAGGAUAAAAUAAAUAUUUCGAGAAUAACUUCAUAAUUGAAUAGAUAAAGUUGUAAUUUAUUAAGAAAAUAGUUGGAAUACUACUUGAAUUAAGUUGUAGAGUAUUUACAACAAAUAUUUACUGGAAAAUAGAGAACAUUAUGAGAAUAAAGUCUUAACUUAAUGAGAAAAGUCAUCAUAUUUUUAUUGUCGGGAAAUUUCCAUCAAUCAGAAUCUGUGCGUGCUGGAGUUCCAAUCUCAUUGUUUGAUUUGAAACUAUGGAACCCCUUGAAUAUUGUGUAGAUGUAACUAACAAUUCACAGUCGACCACUAUGAAACGUUUCCUCCAAGUCUGUGUGGUUCUUUCAGUUUCUUAAAGAUUCUUUUUAAUGUCUUGAUGCUUUUUUUAAUAUUGAGCUGAUGGGAAAUUUUGAUUUUGAAAGAUUUUCGACUUACCUCUUUUAAAAGCAGGCAACAGAAUGAUCUUCUCACACUCGCCCUCUAAACUGACAUUUAGCCGAAAAUGGAGACUUUGUCCACAUAACAUUAUGACUUUAUCCUCGUUGUAUUUAACAUUAUUACUUGAUACACGUAGUAUAACGACUUUAUUCUCAAAAUCUCCCUUUAAGUGACCUUACUACUCCGUUGUGGGGAAAAAAAAUAGGCACAAACUGACGUAUUUCAGAAAUAGGAGUUUCAAUAUUUGCAAUAAUAAAGCUGCAGUGUAUUUGGUGUGUAGGACUUAGCAUUAUACAGCAUUUUAGUGAGUACUGUCUCUUAUCAACAAAGGUAUUACGAAGAACUUCACCACAGAAAAUACUUCUAUUAACAAUAACCUGUACUACUUGCAAACAACCCUGUGGGGUUCUCCGGUGAAAACAUUUUAGCUGUUACAUGUGAGUAAAUGAAAUCCGAUGUACACACGUAGCAAGAUGUGGUUUUGUUGCUGUCGUGCACAUAAUGAUGUGACAGAGUAUAUUGUCGUCGGGGGGGGGCCAUGUCACUUUGACACUGAGUUUGAGUUCGACUGACCUUGGGAGAUGACAGGUACGUUAUCUGAGCGUGACUCAGCUGCAGGAAACGGAAACACAAGCAGCUUUUUAAUGUUUUUGUUGGUUUUAGUUUUCUCAUGAGUGCGACGACUGCACACGGAUGACACCAGGCGAGGUCAAAGUGAACACAGUGCAAACAGACGACCUAAACGCUGUAGAGGACUGUGGUGUCGGCAGUUACUCCUGCACUAGUUACUGUGUGACCACUAUGAAAACAAUAUAUAGUAACAAAUAGAUUGUUAUUUUAGAGGUUUUUAAAUUAUUUGAUUUUCCUUUGUAUUGAUGUAAGAUUAGGUCGACUUGUCACCAUUGUUUUGCUGUACUCUCGGCUUCCUGUCCCUCGCUGGUUUUCCCUCUUUGAAUGUAUUUUGAUAUUUACACACACCUGUCUGUCCCUCUCGUCUGUCCAAGUGCCUGACCACGGUCUGUUUGCUUGUUGCUGUCAGCGGCUGUCUUGUUUCUUCCACUUUGUGUACUUGGAGUUUUAGCCGGAUUCUUCUAAGUAAAGUCAGUUUAGACAUUUUUCUUUUAUAAGGCUGCUGUUACUUUUAAGUGGCUGUUUUUACAAUAAACCUGAUCUGAGGUGUU